AUGUAUCCCAAUCGUGUUCCGAGCAAAGAUACAGACUCUUCGCCACUUGCCGAACCCUUGAGGUUGGAGCCUAGCGGCAAAGUGGCCAAAAACCGUCUCCUCAAAGCUGCAAUGACUGAACAACUGUCAACGUGGGAUCCCGUAAAGCACGAGAAACGCGGCAUCCCAACACCGGAAUUAGUCAACCUCUACACACGUUUCGGCGAGGGAGGAUUUGGUCUGGUUUUGACAGGAAACAUCAUGUUUGAAUAUGACCACCUCGAGGGUGCCGGCAAUGUCAUUAUCCCGCCCGGUGCACCGUUCUCUGGUGAGCGUUUUGGUCUGUUGAAAAGGGUUGCAGAAGCGGCCAAAAAGCAUGGCUCUCUUGUCAUAGCUCAAUUAUCUCAUCCGGGCCGCCAGGUCGCCAUGAACAUCCAGCCAAACCCAAUUUCAGCCAGUGACGUGCAGUUGAAAACAAACGAAAUGGGUAUGGAAAGUGGAGUACCUAGGCCAAUGGAGGAAGCAGACUUUGCCCGUAUCAUUGAAGGCUUUGCUCACGCUACGGAAUACUGCUACCGUGCUGGAUUUGACGGAAUCCAGCUACAUGCUGCACACGGCUAUUUACUCGCCCAAUUCCUCUCGCCAAGCACAAACAAAAGGUCAGAUCAAUACGGUGGCCCCUUGUUGAACCGUUCGCGUCUGAUCUUUGAAAUCGCUGCGGAGAUUCGGAAACGGAUACCGACAUCCUUUGCUAUGGGCAUUAAGCUGAACAGCGUAGAGUUCCAGGAAGACGGAUUCUCGGUGGCCGACUGCAAGCAGCUCUGUGCAGAGAUCGAGAAGCACAAGUUCGAUUUUGUAGAACUCUCGGGCGGCACCUACGAGGAACUAGGGUUCUCUCACAAGCGCGAAUCAACAAAGCAACGGGAGGCAUUUUUCUUGGAAUUUGCUGAAAAGGUCAAGAUUAACCUCAACAAAACCAAGAUAUUUGUGACUGGUGGACUGCGGACGGUGGACGCCAUGGUGCGAGCACUUGAUACUGUUGACGGGGUCGGUUUAGGCCGGCCUGUAUCUCACGAAUCAGAUCUCGCUGAGAAAAUCCUCAACAGGGGCGUCAAGAGCGCCAUUGAGCCUCUCCUAGAUUCACAGGACUUUUUCAUGACUGCAGUGGCAGCAGGCGCACAGUGA